AUGCUUCCCGCCCUGGACACUAUAUGGCAUUCACCCACACUCUUUACUUCCAUCAAGUCUUCUGCUCCUUUCAACGGCAAGGUCCUUGCCCAGUGCCCAAAGUCUUCCACGAUCGCGGCAAACCCCACAACUCCACGCGAAUCUCCUCAUGGUUCUAAUGGCUUUGCUCUGGUCUCUCCAGCUUGCAUAGAUCCUCUCUACAGCAAGCCGGUGAUUGACAGCGAGGCCGACGAGAUCUCUCCAGGUCCCCAUCACCACGUUGCGGGGCACUUUUCUAACACGUCCACUCGCUUCAACUUCUACUUUCCGCCAAAAGAUGCCUGGGGCGGUCGUUUCUUCCAACUCGCCUACCCUACACAGUCCGCGAAUGCCACUGAGGAAACCAUUGGGUUCGGGCUAGACAGCAAGGCCUACACGGUCCAAGUCACGGGGUCAAACGGGUUCCGUGCCGAAGCAGCAGCAGCAAGCACUCAGCAUAUCUAUGGCUACGUUUACGGCGGCAGCGGUGGCUCUAAUCAAGUUAUUGGGGGUAUUGAGAAUACAGUCGGCGUCUGGGACGGCGCUGUGGCGAUGGUCCAAGCCGUGCCGAUUUCCGCCCCCAACAGCCCAUCGAUCAGGGCAAUGGCGGGUUUAGUUCUACGGAACAGGAAGACCGAGAUUCAGGAUUCCCUUAAGCCCGGGGGUAGUGGAAAUCCUCUCUCAAUACCAUCAAUGACGGAGCUCGAGCGAAGCAUGCUGAUUGAAGCCACAAAGCUUGGUGUCCCCAUCCGUGCCUGGGAACAGUAUGAUGAGGUCGCUGACAGUUCACAUCUGAACAUCCUGCGGAAUACCAUUAUCCAGCCUUCGGACCCUACAUACGUCGAAGAUUUCUGGUCCAAGCCGGGCUACCUCGGAACGGUGGAUAGUGCGCUCGGAACCACCAUGAGAGAGGCCGUAGUUGACUUCAAUGCGACGGUAGAGGAUGUUCAGCUUGACAACGAUGGAAAGCUGGUCAGCAUCAGACUCGACACAGUCCCGGAAGCUGUUGCUGACGUUUACGGGUACGACCUGGGUUUUCUUGGAGCCGACGAUUUCAAAUUAAGAACCAUCAGCGGCACGUUGUCUACGGCCAACUACACCAUGUUGUUCACCGACUACACUGCCGACGCCAACGAUGCCACUCUUACAAAGUUUAUUGCAAAGGGAGUUAAAGUUCACAUCGACAACAAGUCCUCUGUUGCAAUGCACUCCUAUUACAGACACCAAAUCCCGGAACGAGCAGGAUUCUACGGAUUCGACCAGUUCCGGACCGUCAAUGGCACGAACUACCCCCAACGGACCCCUGACACGUCCAAGUCCCUCGCCAGAUCCGUCUCUGGCGGCAAUCACACUGGUACCAUCGGAUGCAAACUCAUCGUCGUUCAGAACCUGCUGGACAGCGACGCGUUUCCGUGGCAUGCCGACUGGUAUCGUUCGCAAGUUAAGCGGCAACUGGGAGAUCGCUUCGAGGAUAAUUAUCGCCUUUGGUACAACGAUAAUGCGGAGCACUUUUACGAGAAAAGGCCUCCACACCGUCUUGCACUCAUUGUGCCGUACAACGGCAUCUACCAACAAGCUCUCUGA